CCUAUUGCACCUUCUUCUUCUUCUUCUUAUACCUCUCUCUCCCAUGGUGGUGUCGGCCGCGGCGCGCCGCAACGCCACAAGAGGGGAGGAGGCAUGAGAGGAUGGUGACGUUGCUGCUCCGGCCGCACCGCCACGCCCAUGGGCCGGCCGCCGUUGACGUUCGCCGCCUCCUCCGUACAAGCAGUAGCCUACAGCCGCCGUCACCGUCGUCGUCGCCGUCGUCGUGGUGUUGGUGUUGUUGGUAUCGACGGUGCAGCGACGGCCUGAGGUCCAUGGCACAGGACCCCUCGCAUCCCCACCGGCAGAGCAAGGACACCGCCGAGCCACCGCCACAGCAGCAGCAGCAGCAGCCCGAGCAGCCGGAGCUAAUUAUAGCGGCGCAGCAGCAGGCGCUGCCGCCGCCGCCGCCGCAGCCACACCCACAGCAGCAGCAGCACCCGCCGCCUCGCGACGUCGUUGUCCAGGAGCCCAGCACCAGUAGCACCAGCAGCGGCGGCGGCACCGACGCCGGCCUGAGCCUGCAGCUCGGGCUCGGCCCGUCCCCGGGCUCACCGUCGACGUCGCGCCGGAAACGGCCAAGGACCGACGUCCUCCAUGAAGCCGCGGCCGGCCCCUCGACGUCGUCGCGCCCGGCCACCGCUGCCGCCGCCGACCCCGAGCUGCGCCUCUCGGUCCAUCCAGCGGGGCCUUCGUCCUCCUCCUCCCCGGCCGCGGCGUCGUCGUCGUCGUCGGUGGGCUCAGUGGUCGCCGCCGCGCCGCCGCCGCCGGCGCACGAGGCCGGCACGUGGUUCGUGCUCCGGGCGGCGCAGAACCAGAGGAGGGAGCCGCCGCCAUUGCCGCAGAUAACCCGGAGCUUCUUGAGGGUUAGAGAUGGGAGGAUGACAGUUAGAGUAGUGAUGAGGUACCUGGUUAACAAGCUGGGCCUUGAGGAUGAUUCACAGGUGUGGUACUGCUGCAUUGCACCUUACCUAAUUCAAUUUGAAAAAGGUAAGAAUAUGCUUAGGCAUGUUGUUAUUCUCUGUUUUAUAUUGUAAUGCCUUUUUUUGCCUAGAUUAAACCAUUAAUUGAUGUAUGUUGUUUACAUAUAUGUAUAAAUUUAUUUGGCUAGAAAGCGUUAUACUAUGAAAUAGGGGGAUCAGAAGAUAUAUAUGCAGCUCUAUCAUGUUACUAUGAUUGUUUAUGGUAUCUUUAGUCUUAUUUUUUUGAGAUAAACCUUAAUUAAGAUUGCAUGAAACUACUGAAACCAUGGCAUAUAUACCACGGAAUACUGAAGAAAACAAGAAUACUAAAUUUAAAAAAUCGAAUAUAUUUUAAGAAGAAAAAAAAUCAAGGACACUAACAAGAGUACUUCUAUAGUUUAAAUCUUUCUAGCGCCCUAUGCAUGAAGAAAGCACUACUACUAGCACUACCCUAGAGAAAAUGAUGUGUACAAAUCAAUAUUAUAUAUCGCAAUGCAUGAGAGGGACAUACAUAUAUUUAUAUAUACAGUGUAUAUGUACAAGGGAGAGAGACAAGUAUCUAUCUACUCCAGGCACUAGUACUCCCAUGUCUUGCCUAAACAUGAAUUAGGUGUUGUUUUGCGCCUCUUUGUUUGUUCUUCCCCCCAGAA